AACAGAAAGUUGCCGGUGUUUGCCGACAGGGGGCAGUAAAUCCCCAAAGAUUCGGUGCUAUGUCAACCCAAACACCCAGAAGAAGAAUGCGGAUAUGGUUGUUUUUAUUGUUAAAGGGGGGAGUGUUUCUCAUCCCGGCUCAGUUUCUGCCGUUUCAGCUCAGCAAACAAAGCUCCGCUUGGACUAAGAUGGUGCGUAAAUAGCAGCUUGCCUCCGUAAAGUCCCCCCACGCCCACCUCAGCUGAAGACUCUGUUUUUUGUAGCCUGGCUGCUGGGCUACGUGGCGUUUCUGCUCUCCAUCAGGAGAAUGUGGACCGCUAAGCACGCGCGCAGCCCGCUCGUGCGCUCUCUAGUCCUGAAUAUGGUGAAUGAGCACGAGGCCAGUGGUGCCAGGGAAACACACGAGUGGUACCGAUGCUGCCCAGAUCUGCUGGGAGAAUCCGUCCGGCCUCUCUUCAUCCAAAGCCACUUGGACUCGGACACCACGGAUUUUCUCAACAGGAGCGCAGAGAAGUCCGGCUGGCUGUUCACGCAGCUCUACCACUCGCUGGUGUCCACCGUCCUAAGCCCCGUUUUGUCGCGCACCUCCAUUAACGGGGUUUUGGGGAGAGGGUCUAUGUUCGUGUUUUCGUCCGAGCAGUUCCAGCAGUUGCUCCGGAUCGGCCCAGACUGGACGGCAGAGAGACUCCUGGACCUUGGAGCUGGUGAUGGAGGGGUCACAGAGGUGAUGGGAGUGCAUUUCAGGCAGGUCUUUGCAACUGAGGUGUCUGUGCCAAUGAAGUGGCAUCUGCAGAGGAGGAACUACAAGGUUCUGGGUAUAGACGAGUGGCAGCAUGUUGGAUUUCAGUAUGAUCUUAUCAGCUGUCUGAACUUGCUGGACCGCUGCGAGGAUCCACUGCACCUCCUGCGGGAAAUAAGAAAAGCCUUGGUUCCCAAAACCGGACGGCUCGUCUUGGCUGCUGUGCUUCCCUUUCAGCCCUACGUAGAAGUCGGCGGGAAGUGGGAACGACCAAAAGAACACCUGAAAGUUAAAGGAAAGACGUGGGAGGAGCAGGUGACCGAUCUGUCCAGCGAGGUUUUCCCGCGGGUGGGGUUUGAGGUGGAAGCGGUGACGCGUCUGCCGUACCUGUGCGAGGGAGACAUGUACAAUGACUACUAUGUGCUGGAUGAUGCGGUUUUUGUUCUGAAGGCCUCCGGCGACUCGGAGCAGUCUGUUCAUGAGCUCUGAACACAACACGGGGCCCAAAAUUUCUUCUCAGUACCUGGAUUUUAGUGCAAUUCUUCUUCUUCUUCCUCAUGCAUUUAUUCAUCUCGGAAAUUUAGAAGCAGGGAGUUGGGCGCAACACAGCAGUGAUUUCCUUUUUCUUUUUUUUUUUAGUUUGUUAUACUGUUAUUUCAAACGAAAACCUAAGGGGGAUCAUCCUUUCUAAAAGUUUUUCUGUCUUCCAAGUCCAUUAUUUGUGAUGUAAAUGUUUAACUGUCAACGUUUUAACCAAAAUUUCUGACAAUAUUUGCAUAAACGGUUCAAUUUAUAGUACUACAUAUUUGAUUUCACCAUUGCACAAGAUUUUUACAAUUGCCUGUUCACCCUCUGAGACAUAAAAUCCCACAGAGGUUUUCCAGGUGAAAUAUCCCAGAGGUGAAGCACUUUAUGAGCGUUUCACGUUGUUCCCCCCUCAAGGUUGGUAAUGAUGGCAAGAUCCCAAGCAUUAGUUGCACAAUGCUGGACGCCGCUCCACUAAGAUGCAUUUGCUACACGACUGCAGGGAAAACAUGCCGCUUGGCCUAUAGGAGUGUCACACCUUUUGGCAUCUUUCUGUUGGAUUAUCAGCGUAAUUCUGUGCCACGUUUGGCACCACCAGAUCCUAAACUUGAUCAUAUUUUACGAACUGUUUCAUUUCCAGAUCACUCGUAAUGGAUCUAUGCACCUGACCAAAACAGUUUUAACAACUUGAAAUCUUUUCCAUCCUUCGAUUCAGUAUUAAAGCCAAACCUCAAGCUAAACUUUAUGGAAUUCCAUGCUUUUGUUUUGCUUUGUUGCACUGAAUUUAAUAUCAAGUAGUGAAUUUCUUUCUAAGUGACAACAGGAAACCGAAAAGUGCUGCAUACGUUUGAUAUAUUCACAAUAAGAGUAUCUGAUUGUAGCUUUAGAUCUAUAAAUUCGAUCUGUUUUUACAGGAUGUUUAGGUUGAUGAGUUUUUAUUUAUCUUUGCUGUUUGGGGUUAAAGACAGGAUUUUUAAAAGCCUUUGCUCUCAUCUUCAGACCUUUUUCUUUUUCUUUUAAUGGUGAUGCAACUGCAGCUUCACUGCUAACACUGUUUAGUGCAGUUUGUGUUUAGUAUUGGGGUAACUGGAGUGGCUGGGUUUAAUGAUGGAGGAAACAUUAUCUGGUGCUUUGUGGUUUAAUUUCAAACCUUGCUGUGAGUUUAGGAUGAUGUCGGAUGACUGCAAUGAAUAAAUGUGCCAUUUUGAUUCUAAUAAAACCCUUUUAAAAAAAAA